UGUCUCCUUAAAACGACAUCGUUCUCUUUCGAACAGAAAGAUAUUUUCAACAAUCGCAAAAGUCUCCCCGAACGAAAAAUCAAAUCUUUCGUGAACCCAAAAAUGUCACGUCUCCCGAUCCUAAUCGCCGCCUUCCUCCUCCUCGCCGUCGCCACCGCCGAAUCAGACUCCCCGACGGCGUACUCCCUCCUCCAGAGCUACAACUUCCCCGUCGGAAUACUCCCAAAAGGAGUCGUCGCUUACGAUCUCGACACGUCAACAGGCAAAUUCCACGCCUACUUCAACGGCUCCUGCAGCUUCUCCCUCGUGGGCUCGUACCAGUUGAACUACAAAUCUACGAUCAGCGGCUACAUCUCCGAGAACAAGCUCACGAAGCUGAGCGGCAUCAAGGUGAAAGUCCUCUUCUUGUGGCUCAACAUCGUCGAGGUCGUUAGGAACGGAGAGGAGAUGGCGUUUUCCGUUGGGAUCACGUCGGCGAAUUUCGAUAUCGAGGAGUUUCUGGAGUCGCCUCAGUGUGGGUGUGGGUUUGAGUGUGAGGAAUUGAGCUCCGACAAGUUUGAUAGAAGCUUCCCUUUUGUCUCUUCGUCGUGAAAAGAUUUGUCUUUAGUUGUUUUAAUCUGUUGUCCAAUAAGAUCUGUUCUUGCCUUUGGUUGAGGAAUUAAAAUCUUAUAUUUAUGGGAUCCAAAGUUGUGUAAUGGACAUUGUGAAGUGACACAUCAGUGAAUCUAAUGGUGAAUUUGGGAUAAUUUAUUAUUUGAAAUGGUGAAUCUUGCAUGAAA